UAUGAUACCUUUAGUCGGUCUUUUGGUCACUGCUCUUGCUUUUCCCAAAACAAACCAUCUAUUAAUUUUACAUUUCAGGGUGGCAUACGACAUAUUUUGGAAAGAAACAUGACCAUAUUUCUGGAGCUAGUUCACAAUCCUGACAACAUGGAGGAGUUGGCUAGGGAAAGCAUCAGCUUGCUAGCCAAACCAGAAAGCCCCCAACUCUCCUCCGCGGGGGCUGUUUUUAUCAUGCUGAAAUCUGCCCUCGGGGCUGGCCUUCUCAAUUUCCCCUGGGCUUUCAAUAAGGCUGGAGGAGUCACUUUGGCUGUUCUGGUGGAGCUGGGCUCUUUAAUAUUCCUGAUCAGUGGCUUGGUCAUCUUGGGCUAUGCUGCUUCCAUCAGCACCCAGACAACGUACCAAGGAGUGGUAAGGGAGAUCUGUGGCGCAGCUGUGGGGAAGCUUUGCGAAAUCUGCUUCAUCUUGAACCUCUUCAUGAUUUCGGUGGCCUUUCUCAGAGUCGUGGGGGACCAGCUAGAAAAGCUAUGUGAUUCUUUCUACCCCAAUGAAACCUUGAGCGGAGGAACUUUCCGGCAACAUUGGUUCACGGACCAUCGCUUCACCUUGUCUGUCCUCUGCAUCCUGGUUAUCUUUCCCCUCUCCAUCCCCAAAGAAAUCGGGUUCCAGAAGUACACAAGUAUCCUGGGCACCUUGGCAGCUUGCUAUCUGACGCUGGUCAUUGUUGUAAAAUACUACCUCCGCAUGGAUCACGUUGCUUUGCACGAACAUCACCAUUCCCCUGGGGUCUCCUCUUGGGCCUCCAUGUUCAGCGUUAUUCCAACAAUCUGUUUUGGAUUUCAGUGCCACGAAGCAUGCAUUGCCAUCUACAGCAGCAUGAGCAACAAGAAGCUCUCACACUGGGUUGUGGUCUCUGUGAUGUCCAUGCUCUUCUGUUUUCUUAUUUAUUCUCUGACAGGACUGUAUGGCUACUUGACCUUUGAUGCUGAUGUGGCGCCAGACAUCCUCAUGUCCUACCCAGGAAAUGAUGUGGUGGUCAUCAUCGCCCGGCUCUUGUUCGGCAUCUCCAUCAUCACCAUCUACCCCAUUGUCCUUCUCUUGGGAAGGUCCGUCCUCCAGGAUGUCUGCCUGAGUUCCAAGCAUAGCUAUCUGCUGGUGGUGGACCCUUAUGAGAAAUGGAUGCGAAUCAUGCUCACAACUGCAUGGGUCGUGGUCACCCUAGUCAUUGCCCUGUGCGUUCCAGACAUCAGCAAGGUGAUCAGUGUCAUUGGAGGCAUCAGUGCUUUCUUCAUCUUCAUUUUUCCAGGGCUGUGUUUGGUGUGUGCGAUGGAGACAGAACCAGUCAAGCCAAGGACCAAGUCUUGUCUGAUUUUCUGGGGGAUCCUCACAGUUCUCUGCGGCGCUUUCAUCUUUGGCCAAAGCACUACACUCGCCAUCAUGGAACUGUUGUACAAACUUUAGUCUCUAGGUGGCGACAAUGGCAAAGGCUGGCGAUGGGACAAACACAAAGAGAGACUGACUCUGCUUUCUUGUUCCAUUGGACAUCCUGGGUAGCCUUUGUGGUUGAUACGGACAGGUACUUCUUUUAUCACCUGGGUGUAACUGAAAUAAAGCCCACGUUUAAGUAUUUGAGUUGGAUAUGCCUUUCCAUUCAUUGUAUGUGAUGGGGGUUUUCUUCAAAAAUUCCCGUGGGCUGUUUGACAGGUAACAUUUCACUUGGCGAAUGGUUACGCGCUGCAAUGACGAUCCUCACGGCUGUUUUUAGUCCUAAUCGGAGAAGACUGUGGUUGCUUGAUGGACUCCCACCUUACAUGUCAGUAGGAGGACAGACGGAAGAGAGACCAGGCUUCUCAUUGAAAGCAGUUUUGGCUGCUGCUCCUUGUCAUCUCGCUUUUCCUGGCAUACUUUAUUUUUGAAAGGGACUUUGAGUUUAUGUAAUUGCGUAUCUCUGUGCAUUUGUAUACUCCUGCGUUAAAUGAGGCCUUGGAAUUGAUCAUCUGUGGUUCUGACCAAGAUGGCUUUGCUUUCUGAGUGAAUAGUUGAUUAAGCAAUCUCUGAUAAUGAAGUUGGAAGUUCUUGUUCUGUAUCAUUGGCUGCCAGUUCAGACCAUGGUUCCUGACAAGCUUUUGGUCCUGGUAUUUAAGGUCCUGUGCCUUAACCUUCCCCAGCAUCUGGCAGCUUGGCUAGCAUGGUAUAUACUGUUUAGGAAUUUAAGAUUUAAAGGCAAAGGAGUAUUACAGGUAAGGCUCUAUCAAAGCUGCAAGCCUUUCAGGGUCUGACUGCAUUUCAGGAAGAGGCUUCUUUUGCAUCUCCAGCUGGAGGAGGAUAUCAUCCGCGUUCAUAAAGGGUUGAAGACCCUUCCUCUUCAAUUCACUGGAUUGAAUUGCUGAGCAUGCCUAAGGUGGCCAAGAUGGAUAGUGACUGAUGAGGAUUUUGUUUUUGGUAUAUUAGUAUAUUAUUUUAGUAUUUUAACAUUUUGUAGGGUUGUGUUUUUUGUUAUAUGUGUCUGAUGUUCUGUCCUUUGGUGAAAAGGGUGUUAUAAAUAAAUAUCAUCACAAUUGCUAACUUUCUGAGUGUAUGCUCUAAUUUGCAGGAGUCCCCCAGUUUUUCACCCCAAAAGCACUGUGGACCACCACACUACCAAAAUUGACACCAGACGCAGCUCAUGGAAACUGUGCCUUUUUAAUAGAGACUUAGGAAGCUGGGUAUGUUUAGCCUGGAGAAGAG